UUCUUCUUCGAUCUCGAUAACUGUCUCUACCCCAAAUCGCACCGCAUCCACGACCUCAUGGGUCAAAAAAUCCACGAAUACUUCAUGACCCACCUCUCCCUCGACCCCUCCGCCGCCCGCCAUCUUCACCACACCUACUACACCCAAUACGGCCUCGCCCUCGAAGGCCUCGUUCGACACCACCAAAUUGAUUCUUUGGAGUAUAACGCAAAAGUCGACGCAGCACUCCCGUUGGAUGAGAUAUUGAAGCCUGAUGAGAGCGUGAGAAGAUUGUUGGAGGGAAUCGAUAAGCGGAAGUGUAAGAUGUGGAUCUUGACGAAUGCUUACAUCGACCACGCCAAGCGAUGUCUGGAACUCCUGGGUCUGAAAGAUCUAUUCGAGGGAAUCACGUACUGCGACUACUCCGCCCCUCGCCUCGUCUGUAAACCCCAACCCGAGAUGUUCGCGCUCGCAAUGUCACAAUCCAACACAACUCACAAAUCAAAAUGUUUCUUGAUCGACGAUUCGGCGGGGAAUGUUAGGGGUGCGACGGAGUUUGGGUGGGGUGUUACGGUACAUUUGUUGGAGGAGGGG